GGGAUCCACGACACUCGGACCGCCGUAGUCGUACAUACACGUGUACUCGCGGAGCUCCGAAUUCCGCAUCCGUAUCCAAGAUAUAUUUAUAGAUAAAUGAUAGAUAGGAGGACAUGUGUAUAUGUGUCAGAUUUAGAUGCGGCUCGAUUAAAGAUAAUACAUAGACACGGAGAUAUGCACCGAUUAAGAUUCUUUAGAGUCAUAGAUACGGGUUCAUACGCGGUAUUUCGCUAUUUGUAUAGCAAGCUCGUGUAGCUGAUGAUUUCGUGAUCUCGUGUACUUAGGAUAUAUUUUUAGGUAUGACAGACAAGGUAUGACGGAAAACAACGUUAAGUACAUAGUGAUACCCCUUCACCAUCGGCCUGACUUGAUGAAAGACUGCUGUAAGUUGCUUAAUUCUGAAUGGCCUCGAAGCGAAACUGCACGAAUGAAAUCUCUAAAUGUGUCUUGCGACAAUUUUCCCACGUGUCUCGUUCUAAUUAACGGCGAGAACAAGGUUCUCGGGCACUGCAAAAUAUCUCUGGUGGCCAGAUCGAAAGUUAGCUGUUUCAUCGAAUCUGUUGUAAUCGACUAUCGGUGUAGAUCUCGAGGAUUAGGAUCUAGACUGUUGCGCGGCGUGGAGGAGUACGUCGCGAAAAGAGGGGUGAAAAACAUCUACCUGAAGACGGACGGCCAGGAGGUGUUUUACUACAAGAACGGAUACAAGGUGUGCGAUCCGUUUAAGGCGUACGGCAUUAACGACAUCAUAACCGCGAGUCCGCCCCUCGGCAGGACCAGAUUCAAGGAGCGGAACACGGGCGAUCAGUCCGCCGGACAACCGCUGCCGCCACCGCCACCGCCGCCCCCGAUGCCGGCGUUUCAACUGUCAAGGUUUUUCGACGUGCGAAUGCAGUCUCAAAAAACGCACAUGGUAAAGAAACUGUGAUACUAGCGUUACAUCGAAAUCUCAGAGCGCGCUCCGCUCGUGCCGAGACGAACGAGGGCUUUCACGUCGAUUGAAAUUAGAUUUAAUUAGCUCAAAGAAAGUAAAAAAAAAAACGAAUUUCAAGUAGAACAAAACGAGAGCGGGAUAGACAAUUUAGUACAUCGCAAAACUUAACAAAGAGAACUUGAGAAAAAUUUUUAAACCUUUAGGAAAUCAUGUUCAUUAGUACAUAUCGAUAUUAGGUAAAUAAUGUUUCGGAAUAUCAUUCGCGAAUGAACGAUGCAUUUGACUUUCCAGCUCGGUCAAGCGACGCUAACGAAGCACUGGAGAGAUAUCAAACUUCAAAUUCUGUUCUAAUUAUAAGUUGCAAAGUAGAGUGCGGCAGGCUUAUAUUUUUCUAGCUUUAUAAUGUAGCUAUAUUUGUAAUUCUAAUUUAUGGCGGUUCGACGGACAGAUUUAUAUCCCCCAGCUUUUUAGCGCGAUUUCUCCGACUCUACGCCUCUAUUUAUUUCAAAUAUUCUUUCCCUGUCUGUUGUAUUUCAGCGACAGAACACGACAACGCUUUAUACGCUUGCUUUCUUCCAUCCAACUCGUGCAAUUUCGCGUCAAUUGCAUAAAUGCCAAACUUGUCGAACGUGAUAACGAUAUUUAGAUAAAAUAUAUACAUAUUUAUUUUUCCACUUAGAAAAA